GUUCAUCACAAAUGCAAGGGUUAUAAACUUUGGCGAUUAAAGAUUAAAUGCUGGCAAUUCUUGUACGUUCCAGAAAGACUGGGCCUAGCUCGUACCAGGCCACCAAGAAUGUUUUCCUAUGAUGCAUUGCGAGUAAAAUAGCCUCUUCCCGCCAAUUUUUCAAUCGGCAAGAAGAAGAAUCGAUGUAUUACAACGGAAGAGCCAAUUUUCGCUUAAGAUAAUACUCAUAAACCACAAAUCGACGUUUUAUAUAUUUGAAUUUAAGCUUUAUAUGUGCAUAAAAGAGUUUGAACGAUAAUUAACAUGAGAGGACCUGAAGAGAACGGKAAAUCCACCGAACAAGAAGCGCCAAAUUUUGAAGGCGACACUUGUACUGAAAAUCUGUCUGGCCGUGAUCCCUGUUCAAGCCCGCCGUGUAAGAGACUUAAACAAGGUGUCCUAAAUUUCCAGUCAGCACCAAAACAAAGUACCACGACAUCAAUAGAUUUGAAAGAUUGCCUUUCAGUAGUUGAGCAAGAUGGUGUGAUCACUUCAAAAUUUGGAGGACUGGUAACAGCUGCUACAUCUCCAUCUAACAAAGAAACACAAAUGAGUCUUACAUGUGAUGACGACSAUGAUGUGAUGGUUGUUGACAUAACAGUAACUAACCAGCAAUCUCCAAAGUCUCCAGUAUCAGUUAAUCAGGAUAACAGUACCAGCAAUCUUUCUAACACUCCAGUGCAGCGUUUGUCGAGUGCUGAGAAAAAGAAAAGAAAAGAAGAACGGGAUAAUAUGAAAGAAGUAAAGCGAAAAGAAAAGGAAGAGAAGAUGAAACAGCGAGAGCAAGCAAAAGCUGCAAAAGAAAAGGAAAGACUUGAGGCAAAACAGAAGAAGGAACAAGAAAGACUUGAGAGGCAGGCUGAAAAAGAGAAAAAGGAAAAAGAUAGAUUGGAGAAAAAGCUUAGAGAAGAAAAAGAAAAGCAGGAAAAGAAAGAAAAGCGUGAAGAGGAGAGGCGAAAAAAAGAAGAAGAGCAAAACGCAAAACUAGAAGAGAAAAGGAAAAAAGAAGAA